AUGUCAAACACUACCACACAAUCAUUAAGUGUACUUCUCUCCGCCGUACAAUUUCGAAUGUCUACAAUUUUCAUGCCGAUUUUUCUCGUUUUCGGCAGCGGUGGGAAUAUUCUCAAUGCGUGCAUACUCUUACAAAAAACAUUCCGUACGAGCAGUUGCUGCAUGUAUAUGAUCACUGCUUAUAUUCUUCAUACAGUGGUUCUUUGUUUUGCGUUAUCAACAACACUCUAUUCACUUUCGCAUACAGAUCCAUUAACAUACAGUGAACCAUAUUGUAAAAUUCGUCAGUAUCUUAUCUCUGCUAUAUUCACCAUGGCGCGUUGCUGCACCGGAAUGGCAUGUGUAGACCGCUAUGCAAUUUCAUCACCGAAUGUCAAUACUCGUGCUUUCGGGAGACCACGAAUAGCUCUCUAUGUCAUCUGUUUUAUUAUCAUUAUCUGGUUUAUCUUACCAGUUCAUUUAAUUAUAUUUAACACGAUUCAAAAUAAUCGAUGCGUUAUGUCGGGCUUGUAUCCUUACUUCUUUGCUGCGUAUGCUAUAAUCAUCGCCGCCAUCAUUCCACCGAGUAUGAUGGUUACUUUCAGUAUACUUGCUGCGAAAAACAUUCAACAAAUGCGCCAACGAGUUCAACCAUCAGUUGGUAAUGUAAAUACCAGUCAAUUAACAACGAAUUCAAAUCUUGGUGUGCGUCUUAAGCAAUAUGAUUAUCAAUUAUUACGAAUGUUAGUUGUCGAUGUUACUAUUUACUGUAUAUCAGCAGUACCAUCACCAAUUUAUUAUAUUUAUGCGGCAAUAACGUUAAAAGCAACGAAAAGUUCGGACCAAGUUGCUUGGCAAAACUUUUUCAGUUAUCUAGCUUAUCAAUUUCUCUUAUAUAUCGCAGCAUCAACAAGCUUCUAUACGAAUCUUCUCGUUUCGAAAGCGUUCCGAGACGAGUUUCGUAUAUUUAUCAGCCGAUACACCAGAUGUCGAAUACAACCCACUACGAUGACAAGAAGUCGGGUACACAAUAAUCCAACCGUGCCAAUCAGUCGUAUUAAUCUCUAA